AUGUCGGCCGCUCGUUCCCUCCUCCGCGCUCUCCCCAAGCACGCCGCUGCCCGCCGCGCAGUUGUCGCUCCGCGAGCCCUCCACCCCGUCUCGGCACCUGUCGUCGCCGUCCGUCAUGCCUCGACCAUCCCUCCUCGCGCUGAGCAGUUCACAAAAGUGACUGCUGAGCACGUCAAGGCUCUCCGCGGUCUCCUUGGCUCGCCGAGCAGCCUCAUUUCCACCCUUGACGGUUCGGCGACUGUUGAUGAGCUCGUCACUUACAACGACGACUGGAUGAACAAGUACCACGGAAAGGGCCAGGUGGUCAUCAGGCCCAAGUCUACUGAGGAGGUUUCCCGCGUGGUCAAGUAUUGCUACGACAACAACAUUGCCAUGGUCCCCCAAGGUGGUAACACUGGCCUUGUCGGCGGCGGUGUUCCCGUGCACGACGAGGUUGUUAUCUCGACUGCCGGUCUUAACCAGGUCCGCUCGUUUGACCCUGUUUCGGGCACCCUCGUCGCCGACGCCGGUGUCAUUCUCGAAGCCGCCGACAACUACCUCGCCGAGAGGGGCUUCAUCUUCCCCCUCGACCUCGGCGCCAAGGGUUCGUGCAACAUUGGCGGUAACGUCGCGACCAACGCUGGCGGUCUCCGUCUCCUUCGCUUCGGCUCGCUCCACGGAACGGUGCUGGGCCUCGAGGUCGUCCUGCCCGACGGUACCAUCUGGAACGGUCUCAAGACCCUCCGCAAGGACAACACUGGUCUUGACAUCAAGCAGCUCUUCAUCGGUUCGGAGGGCUCGCUCGGUGUCAUCACCGCGGUCUCCAUCCUCUGCCCCCGCCGCCCCAAGGCUAUGAAUGUGGCUGUCUUCUCGGUUGAGUCGUACGAGGCCGUCCAGCAGGUCUUCGCCGAGGCCAAGUCGCACCUGGGUGAGAUUCUUUCGGCAUUCGAGUUCUGGGACGCGCAGGCCUACGAUGUUGUCCGUCACCACAAGGCGGAGGUUGGCGAGGAGGUCCGCAAGGUCUUCGAGACUGAGGGUCCUUUCUACUGCUUGAUCGAAACCGGUGGCUCCAACGGUGACCACGACGAGGAGAAGCUUGGCAACCUCCUCGAGGACCUCGUCACCGAGGGCAAGGUGCUUGACGGUGUUCUCGCCCAGGAUUCCACCCAGUUUGCUGGCCUCUGGACCCUCCGUGAGGGUAUCCCCGAGGCAUGCGGUAAGACUGGCUCGGUCUACAAGUACGAUGUCUCGAUCCCUGUCAAGGACAUGUACUCGGUUGUUGAGAAGGUCCGACUCCGCCUGCGUGAGAACGGUCUCCUGACUGGUGAUGGCCAGGCCGAGGGCCCCAUCAAGGCCUGUGUCGGAUAUGGCCACAUGGGUGACGGCAACAUUCAUCUCAACGUUGUCGCCCCCAAGUACACUGAUGAGAUCGAGGCCGCCAUUGAGCCCUACGUCUACGAGGUUGUUUCUGAGCUGAGGGGAUCCAUCUCAGCUGAGCACUGUCUGGGCCAGAUGAAGGCUGGUGCCGUUCACUAUUCACAAGAUAAGAACUCGCUCGACCAGAUGAGGCGGAUCCGCAAGCUCUACGACCCCAAGGGUCUGAUGAACCCAUACAAGUUCAUCUUGUAG